AUGAGUACAAAUGAUCCAGGACAUAUUAAUAAUCUUGAUAAGAAUCAAUUCGAAGCACUUAAAGGUUUUUGGUUAAUGCUUAUAAAAUAUAUUCGUGAUUCGGAAAAUAAAAUUGAUCCUAUGUAUGAAAUAGAAAUAUUUCUUGCAAGUGGUUAUGAUAAUCCAGAUAUGAUUUUACUUCGAUGGCUUCGAGCAAGAAAAUGGAAUAUAAAUGGUGCUUUUCAACAAUUUAUCGAUACAAUUAAAUGGAGACAUGAAUGGGGUGUAAAAGAACUUUUAGCUAAAGGUGAAACAGAUCUUUGUUCGGAAGAAAUUCAAACGGGCAAAAGUUAUUUUAUGGGUCAUGAUAAAGUUGGUCGUCCAAUAAAUUAUGUUUCUGUUAAAGAUCAUAUAAAAGGUCAAUUUCCAUUGGAAUCUACUGAAAAACUAACAGUUUUUACAAUGGAAAUAGGUCGAAAAUUACUUCAUUCACCCAAUGAAUCUGUUACAGUUAUUUUUGAUAUGACUGGUUUUGGUUUAAAAAAUAUGGAUUAUCCACAUUUAAAAUUUCUUAUUCAUCUUCUUCAAAAUUAUUAUCCAGAAUCAUUUGCACUUGGUUUUAUUAUAAAUGCACCAUGGAUAUUUAAUGGUUGUUGGUAUAUUAUUAAACCAUGGUUAGAUCCUGUUGUUGAAAGUAAAAUACAUUUUAUAAAUAAUCUGGAUGAUUUAUUUCAAUAUAUUGAUCCAUCAAUGUUACCAAAACAAUUAAAUGGUACUCAAGCAAAUUUUAAUUAUAUUCCACCUACGGAUCAAGAUUUAAUUAUGUUAAAUACUUUUCAAAAUGAUAAACAAGGAAAAAUAAUAGCAGAAGAAACACAUCGAAAAGCAGCACAAAAAUAUCUUGAUAUAACUCAAAAAUGGGCUCAGGGAGAUCAAAUAGAUAAUUUUAUAGAAGAAAGAACAAAAGCAACAAAAGAAUUAAGAGAUGCAUUUGAACAACUUACUCCAUAUGUUAAUACAAAAACUCAUUAUCAUCGUAGUGGAGCAAUUCAUGAACCAAUAUUUGAUAUUACUUAUCAGAGAAUUAAAGAGAAUAGAAAACAAUAA